AUGCCGCUAUCAGACAUUCCAGAUGUCGACAUCGAUCCUUCGGGAACAUUCAAGUAUAUUCUGAUCAAGUGCACCGACAAGUCAUCGAUGGAGACGAAGCACAUCGUGCGUGGAUAUUACAAAUGUCAUUUUCAUGUCGAUAUCCUCAGAGCUGCUCGAGAAGAUGCAGGACCGUCUUACUCGCUUAAGUGUAUUGGAGGUGGAAGGAUCCGGCACGAAGACGACGCAAAGGAAAUCCUCGUUUAUGGAUAUUCUCAUGGUUUUGGACAAGCAGAUCAUUCGAUAACAGUCGAUAUCCUCAAAAAGCGAUACCCUGAUUACCACAUAACCUUCUCGAAUGAGGGUUAUUGA